AUGAAGAAACAGAGACGAGGAAAGAAGAAACUGAGGAAAGAGAUGAUCGUUUCUGUUUCUGCUUCUGCUUCUGCUGGGGCUACAUUGCCUAAUCUCCCAAAUGAAAUCAAGGAUGAAAUCUUCUCUCGUCUACCUGUGAAGACUCUCUUGGAUUUCAGGUGUAUAAGCAGAGACUACUACUCGCCAUUCCAUAACCCUAAUUUCAUUAAAUUGCACUUGAAUCGACAGAUGGAAAUGGACAAUGGUUCUACUAUCAUCAUUCCAUAUGGGAACAUGAUUCAUAAAGUAAAUAUUGACAAAUUUCGCUAUGAAAUUCCGCUUGAUUUCCCUUCCCUGAAAUCGACCAGUACAAGCCAAAUUGUAGUAGCAGGUUCUUAUAAUGGGUUGGUUUGCUUAACCCAUGAUCCAUUAGAUGAAGAUAUUUACUUACCCAGUUCUUCAUGUCUUGGAGAGAUUGCGUAUUUCUGGAAUCCUGUUACAGGAGAUUACAAGCAAUUGCCGGCACAUAACAAUGAUGUAAGUCCCUACUAUAGAAUUGCUUUAGGGUUUGGUUAUGAUCGUAAUUCUGGUAAAAUUCAAGGUGUUGAUAUGAGACUUCGCUUUUCAUUGUUAGGUGAGACGAAAAUUGAACUCGAUGGCCAGAACGAGAAUGUAUAA